UUGAGUUCUUCCAAAUAAUAACGGCAAGAACCAUAAAUAUUCAUUUACUUUGGAAACGUGCAUCUUUAUCAAUUAUAAAUUAAGAAGUGUACGUUUAUUGUCAAUCGUGGUGCACUACUUGUGUGUUUUAAAGCGAAUAAAUAAAUCUGCUAUCAUAACGGAUGACGAGCUACGUUGUGGCUUUGAUUAUUAUAAUUAAAAGUGUGUUGGCAGCAACGGUGUGUUCAUGAUCAUAGUUAAUAGCCACCAACGUUCGGAUUUAUGUGUAUAAAUAUUGAGCUUGAGCUACCAGGUUGAAAUCAACAUUUUUACGUGCGAACAAACACAACUCCCUAAAUAUUAUUUUGAAACUCUUGCUGGAUUAAUUUUAUUUUUAUUCUCGUUAUUCUGUUACCGGCUUACGCCGAAGAGCUCGUUAUAUCUUGGGGAAAGAUUUUCGCUAGUCGGAAAUACUUUCUUGAGGACAGCGUCUGACGCGUCUCGAGCUAGAUUAUUUUCUAACGUUAUUUUGCAGGUAUAUCCGGCCGAAUUUCAAUCAACAUGAUGAUCCUCAACUUUAUGGUUUUUCAUGACUUAUUAUUGUCAUGUCACUUCCACAUAAGAUUACCUCAAAUGAUCUCCAAACCAAUAAAUUUCUCCUCAUUCAUGAUCUUAAUUUGCCUAGAUUUUUUAUGAGACAUACACUCAAUUUCAAAAACUAUAUUACUACAUAUACAUAUAUAUACAUACAUAUAUAUAUAUAUAUAUAUAUAUAUAUAUAUAUAUAUAUAUAUAUAUCUUCCUUAGAGUACUAAGUGUCAUAGACAGUCUUGGUCUUUUUUCCGUCAUUGCUUUGGUCAUUGUACCAUGUGCUAUUACGAUGUUUUUUCCGUGAUGUCUUAACAUAAUCCGUUAGUUGUUAACACUUAAUAAUUAUAAACAGUGAAGGAACACGUGGACUAGCACCUCUUAAGUAAUGAAAACUAGCAAGGGGCACGUGUAUUCCACUAUGAAUUGCACUAUAUGCAUUUUAUAUAUACAUAGGUGGACCUUUAUAUUUUGAGUCGGUUGUGGCUUUGUUUUCCCGGUUCGUGGUGUGCUUCGGGUUUGUGUGUUCCUGAUUUUGAGAGUUGCUUUUGACGGGCAAAACCAGUUGUUGUAACACUCUGGGACAGCUUUGCGACUACCCAGGGAAUUGAACUUGACAAACUUCUCCGUAUCGGUAACUAUCCUCUUAUUCUCGCCAAACGACUUGGUAUAACAACAAUUCAAGGUAUUUCUUUGACCACAUGCUAUGAUGCAUCAAUUCAAAUCAAUCCAACAGGAUCCCGGGCUGCCCUCUUAAAAGAAUGGAGGAGUGCAAAUACAGAGAUGAUCCAACAAUUACUACUCCAAAACGCUCAUGCUGAUUCUCUAAUUGCACUAGGACAACCACUUAAUCAACCAUCUGUAUCCAUUUCAGAAGCGAUGAAUUGUUAUGAUGAAAAGGUGGUUUUAUGGGUGAAAGGGAAGUUAACACUCAUUGAUAAUGGAUGGCCAACAUUUUACGUUAGUUGUAACGCAUGUCACAAAAAAGUGAAUUCUCCGACCACCAGACAUCAUGUUCCAACAUCAUGCACUGUGGCCAACAAAGUGGAAUCACGUCCAAGAGAUUUAGAAUGCAAGUUCAGUUGGAAGACAAGACUGCAAAACUUGAUAGCACUUUGUUCAACCACGAUGCGGAGAAGCUCUUCCAAUAUGCAGGGAUUGACAGAGACACAGGAAAUUGAACUCCAUGAGCUUCAUGAUAAAUUGGCCACCUUUAUUUCAUCGCAGGAGUGAAGCCCGCUUCUAAAAACCAACAGUCCAGGCCAUACACAAGUCACUCUAUAGUAUGCCUCAUGAAAGUCAAUUUGCUACCAUCCCUGGGCACCUUCCUUCCUAAAGAGAAUGAAGAGCAAGCAGAAAACGCUGAAGCUCCAGAAACCAAACCAAGUAAUUCUGCAACAUCCUCAAAACGAAAACUUGAGAUACUUGAUGCCUUUGAAGAACCACACCCCGAGCAUCAAUGCAAAACACUCCAAGACCAAUACACACAACCAAAUCCCAAUCACAAAAGAAAGUGAAGAAGACGAGCCCCUCAUCAAGACUAUCCGCAGAAUCAAGAAAAAAUGCCACAAGUAAAAGACAAUGCAUGGACUCCUUUAACUAUAACAUUUUGUAACAUGCAGGACAUGUUGUAUCAACUUAAAUAGACUGCAUGGCCAGCUUUUUUGUAAACUACUGUUUUGAAAGUCCUUAGGAGUUGCUUUAUCGGCAACCCUAAGGCUGAUGUACAUAAGGAUAUCAAAAUAAAUAAAAGCUAAUGUAAAAAUGGGAAGAUUACAAUCCGGACAAGCAUAAAAUAUACGCGCAC